AAUAGCCGCUGCUUGGAUAUUCGGUGCUUAAAACGAGGAAGGAAGUGUCGUAUACCUUCCACUCACUACACACUUGGAGAGAUUAGCGCACAGGCAGCAGUAAUCUGUUUUCAGGACCACGGCCAGAGACAACGUUCGGCCAUGAAUCCUGUCGAAAGUUGCUCGCGGCUCUCUGUGAACCUUCACGGACACCAAACAGUGUGACGAAGUUUGUUUGGACAUCAGGGUAUCCGGAAAAGUGGGGCUGGAUAUGCAUAUUCGGUUGCUUUUAUAUAAAGGGAGUUGAAUAAGAAACAAGAAGCGGGGGAGUAAAGGAGAAAGGCUGUGCGCUAGGUCGGGAGCGCGCAAAGACUGCACAUUGGUCCGGUCCUGGAGACGUGAGGAUGGAGAUCCGGCCGGACAGGUUUAAGGCCGUGGCAGCCAAGACUCUCGGGAAAAUAUACGGAGCUAUUGAGAAGAAACAGGAAAAUGGCGAGACGAUUGAGCUGUCGGCGGAGGGCCGGCCAGAGCUGGUGCAGGAGAAGGAGAUGCCUGUGGUGGACUGCACAUGCUUCGGUCUGCCCAGGCGCUACAUCAUUGCAAUCCUCUCCGGCAUUGGUUUCUGCAUCUCCUUCGGUAUCCGGUGUAACUUGGGAGUGGCUAUCGUCAGCAUGGUCAACAGCCACACCAUCUACAGAGACAACAAGGAGGUCAUAGUGAAAGCACAGUUUGACUGGGAGCCAGAAACAGUGGGAAUGAUCCAUGGUUCGUUCUUCUGGGGGUACAUUGUAACCCAAAUCCCAGGAGGUUUCAUCUGUCAAAAGUUUGCAGCAAACAGAGUGUUCGGCUUUGCUAUAGUGGCCACGUCGUUCCUGAACAUGCUCAUUCCUACAGCAGCGCGCAUACACUUUGGCUGCGUUAUCAUUGUCAGGAUCUGUCAAGGACUUGUGGAGGGUGUUUCAUACCCAGCCUGUCAUGGAAUUUGGGCAAAAUGGGCACCACCACUGGAAAGAAGUCGCCUGGCCACAACAGCCUUUUGUGGUUCUUAUGCUGGUGCUGUGAUUGCCAUGCCAUUAGCUGGAAUCCUAGUCCAGUACUCGGGAUGGUCGUCUGUCUUCUACGUUUAUGGAAGUUUUGGUGUUAUGUGGUAUUGCUUUUGGAUCCUGGUGUCAUAUGAAAGUCCAGCAGCCCACCCCACAAUCACCGAGGAGGAGAGGAAAUACAUUGAGGAAAGCAUCGGCGAGACGGCACAACAUACAGUGACUAAAUUCAAUACACCAUGGAGGGCCUUCUUUACCUCCAUGCCGGUGUAUGCCAUCAUUGUAGCUAACUUCUGUAGAAGCUGGACUUUCUACUUACUCCUCAUCAGCCAGCCUGCUUACUUUGAAGAGGUCUUUGGAUUUGAGAUUAGCAAGGUGGGCAUACUGUCUGCUCUUCCUCAUCUGGUUAUGACCAUCAUUGUCCCCAUUGGUGGACAGAUUGCUGACUUUUUGCGAUCUAACCACAUCAUGACCACCACCAAUGUCAGGAAACUAAUGAACUGUGGAGGGUUUGGGAUGGAGGCUACCCUGCUGCUGGUAGUUGGUUUUUCACACACAAAAAGCAUUGCCAUUACAUUCCUGGUCCUGGCUGUGGGUUUCUCCGGUUUCGCCAUUUCAGGUUUUAAUGUCAAUCACCUGGACAUUGCACCGCGGUAUGCCAGUAUCCUCAUGGGUAUCUCCAACGGUGUAGGCACCUUGUCUGGCAUGGUUUGCCCACUUAUAGUUGGUACCAUGACAAAGCACAAGACGCGAGAAGAGUGGCAGGGUGUGUUUCUCAUUGCAUCAAUUGUUCAUUAUGGAGGUGUCAUAUUCUAUGGCAUUUUUGCAUCUGGAGAGAAACAACCCUGGGCAGAGCCAGAGCAGACGAGCGACGAGAAAUGCGGGAUCCUGGAUGAGGACGAGCUUGCGCACGAGACGGAGGAACUGUAUCGUACAAGUGGCGGAGCGGGUUAUGGAGCCACAAACCAGGGAUCAGAUCCCAAUGGAGGGGGAGGCGUGGCUGGGGGAGGAGGAGGCUGGGUGUCAGAUUGGGACAAAACCGAGGAGUAUGUCCAACCAGCCGGAACCAAUAAUUAUCUUUAUGGAGGAGAGGGUGACCGAGAGUUGACAAAACCGGCAGUUUGAGGUGGAAACAAUUUAUCAACAAUGUGGAAUUAAAAACUUUGGAGUGUGGACAAUUUUUCAGCAGGUCUGACUAUUUUAUCAUAAAUUAACUGAUUCCACAGAGACUGCACAGUAGAAGUGAAGACAGUAGUAAAUGUAAGACGUGUGUUUGUGCAUGAUUGCAGUCAUUAUAGCCCGUGUGGCAGAAUGGUUUAGGAAUCAUCAGCCGUUCUUCAGUGUUUGCUGGAGGACGGCUUCAGGCCUGGCGUGGCUUUCUUUGAUGUUUGUUCAUUGUAAUUGUAGAAACUGGACUGACAUCACUCGGAUUUCAUUUGUAUGCCUCUUGUUUAUGUUUUAAUCAUUCAUGAUUACACAUUUUUAGGCGCACAAUGAUCACACUAGAUUCUUAAAUUAGAUUUAAUAACAAUUUUUAAAGGGGUGGCCAGGUCAAGAGAGAAACAAACUGCUUUUUUUUCCAGAUCAUUUGCUUAUGCAGCAAAUGAUAACUUUACUAUGUAAAAAUAAACCACAAUAACCCAUUUGUUGUUGUUUUUUUUUUAACUUAACCCUUAUAGGAUUAAAAAAAAAAACAGCUGUAACAGCUGCUAAAGUUAUCCUUUUUGAAAUGUUGCUCAGUCAUGUUGUUAAAAUACACUCGUGUGAGAACAAGUGACUGCAAAAAAGUUUUGCUGUAGCUAUAGCAGCUUCUGGAUGUAAUUUCCUCAUGAGUAUAUGCUUGGCCAUAGCCACCCAUGGCCACCCCUUGGCUUUGCCCCUGGCCACAACAGAGUAUGCAACUCCACUGAAGCUAAAACCAGAAGGUUUUAAUGCAAUGUUGUUCAUUAUUGUCCUUAACCUGCACAUUUUAGAAAAAAAAAACACGUGCCAAUACAACAAAAUAUUUUGUUCUGUAGUAUUGGUGUAUUCAUCCACUGAGAAAGUAACUGAACACCUGCAAAUAACACCACGACCAGCUUUCUGUGACGUCUAAGCAGCCAUUUUUAGAUGCAAUUUUUAAACACUGUAUGUAGUGGAAUACUAACCUACAUUCAUAUACUUCAUAUAGGUCUAGAAUAAAUGUCCUUUUUAAAUGGGUUUCUUCAGUAUGAGACAGUUUUACUGUUUCCAUCUGGCCCAUUUUGUCAAAAAAAACUUCAGAAGUUUGUUUUGUAUGAUUUAUAGCUAAUACAUCCUUUUAUUGGUAUUAUUGUAGUAUGGCUACAGUUAAAAGCUGGCAUCAGAAGAAGCAGUUUGAGGUCUUCACAGAACUUCUCUACCCUCUGCUGCAGUGGCAAAGCACAAACAGCGCUGAGCUCAGGCUGUGGUGCGGUUCUCUAUCACUCUCAUUUAAAGGUGCACCUUAAUGCGCCCCUGCUUGCAUUUAUAUAUGUUUAAAAAUCAUUACAAUAUCAAUUACGACUAAGGCCAUUUAAUAAAAAGGCUGGAAAAUCUAUAAAAACGCAUUUUUCUGUACAGUUUAUUUUUGUUAGUAAAUGUGGUAAUGUAUCCAGUAACGGGACAGUACUGUUUCACUGAGUGAAGUUUACUGAUAGACUUAAUAUUAAAUGUUAGGAUUUUUACUGUUUCUGUCAUUUUUCAUUCAUUUAUUGUUAAAUGUUCUGUUAACUAAACUGUACAAACAUGUUGAAAAAUAGUGUAUAAUAAAACUUAUAGGUGAUAGUUCCCACAGCA